UGAAUUGAUCUGAGUAGUUAAAUUUUUUCAGACAUGUUAUGUCUGAUUAGUUGAGGUCACGAUGAACGACGAUGACGGAACUGAUAAUGUUGGAACUGAGGAUUCCGUGGCAGCUUGCAAUCCCCCUCCUCCUCCCGACUCCCACCCGCCACCCAAAGAAGUCGAGUCUCCUUCUCCCCCUCCAAGGAGUACAGCGACAUCCCCGACGGUCCCAUUUGCCUCUCAUAAAAAAGCGCCAGACAUUGCACCCUUUGAAAGACGCAACUGGCUUAUCCAUCAGUAUUACGUCAAGAAAGACUUUGAAAAGUGCAAGGCAGUGAUAAAAGCACGGUUGGAGGAGUCUAGUGGUCUGUGCGAGUAUGCGUUGUACGUACAAGGUCUCAUUAGUAGACUGGAAGGGAAGAUUCAAGAGUCGCUGGAAAUGUUUCAAACUUGCUGUUUCUUAGCACCGAAUAGCAUUGGCAAUUUGAAACAAGUGGCGCGAUCUCUUUUUCUGCUAGGUCGUCAUAAAGCAGCAAUCGACAUCUAUGAAGAAGCGGGGAAACUGUCCUCAGAGCCAGAUUGGGGCAUUUAUCACAACCAGGGAAUAUGCCACAUCUAUCUGGCAUCGCAGGGAAACAGGGCUAACUACGAGAGUGCGAAGCAGUGUCUCAAACAGGCCAUAUCUUGCAGCAAACACGAGUUCACAUUUGUCAUGCUGGCUAAAGUGUACCUCAUGGAAGGAAGCUUUGAACUGGCUAUCGAAACGUACAAAAGAGCAAUUGAGUACUUUCCCGACAACCCAGACUUGUUAACGACACUUGGUUUGCUGUAUUUGCAAACUGGAGACUUCCAAAAGGCUUUCGAGAACCUUGGGUCUGCUCUAUCUUUCGACCCCACCCACUCCAAGGCUAUCCUGGCUGCGGGUAGUAUUAUCCAGACUCACGGUGACUUCGAAGUGGCUCUAACUAAAUACAGAAUAAGUGCUCUGAAAACAAAGGAGAGUGCGCCCCUGUGGAAUAAUAUAGGCAUGUGCUUCUUCGGGAAGAAGAAAUAUGUUGCUGCUAUCAGUUGCCUGAAGAGGGCGAACUAUUUAGCUCCAUUCGAUUGGAAAGUGCUCUACAAUCUGGGUCUGAUCCACCUGAACACUGGUCAGAAUGCUUCCGCCUUCAACUACCUCAGUGCGGCAGUGUCCAUCAUAGGCGGAGUGCCCAAGUGUGCCAUGGCUCUCAUGCUACUCGGAGUGGCACUCACUAAUCUGGAGGACAAGGAGAAUGCCAGGAAAUGUUACCAGAGUGCAAUCGGGUUCAACGAUGACGAGCCACUCAUUCCCUUAAAUUAUGCUGCUUUCUCAUACCAGAAUGGUGACAACAGUAAGGCUCACGAGAUGUUCCAGCUAUUCCAGAAGAAAUUGUCUGCUAAGAAAGAGAAACAGAAGGACUACGAACUAAGUCCAGAGAUGGAUGCACUGGUUAAAAAACUGGAACCAGCUCUGCAUAUGGGAGCAGCAAUAGUCGCUAAAAGAUCUGUGGGAACCUUAUGAUUUUUGAGAUGUAUAGACUUUCAAGGGCUUUUAUCUAAAACUUUGCAAGUUUUCAAAGACAAAAACUGAUGCAUUGCAAGUGGAUGUAUCCUUAAACUACUUAACCCCGGCAGUUUUCCAAGGUCAUUAUUUGUCGCUCAGAUAGAGUUAGUUUUAUCUUUGCCAGUCAGAAGAUUAACCUUGGUCUAGACCUGUUAGAUGUAAUAUAGCUGGAUAGCUUAGUGUAAACAGUGUGGCUGAUUGUUAGUUGGAUUUUUUCAAUCGAGCUGGAAUUGAAUUUUGAUGACUAAUUGUAAAUUGUUCUAAAAUGUAGAUAAAGAUGUAUGCAUUGUUUUUAUUCCAAACAGAAUAUAAGUUCACUUUUUUACCAAUUA